UUUACGGCUCAGCAUUAGAGAUCCCUAACUCACCACUGACAUGAUUAUUAUGAAUGCACCCCAGAAAUAGCUAGCUAAUCUCCACAACCCGCACCCGAAUCUGCUAGAACUAUUUUUCUUCACUCCGAGUACCAAAUAUCAUAUCCUAUUUAGGACUCCCCUUCUUCCUCCUCGUCUCAUCUCCGGAUCUCCCCCACCGAACCACAACACACCAUCUUGCUGUGAACUCGAUAUUGCUGCAAUGGAACCGCAGAUAUAGGUCUAGCUAGCUGCUCGAGGAUUUGGAUCAGUUGUCUGUGAAAACCGAUUGAGCUAGUUUAAUUAAGAAGGUUCAACACAGACCAGAAUGGUCCAUCUUUUGCAAUGCAGCGGCAGUGGCCACAUGCUGUUGCCUCUGUUCUUCCUCUCCGUCCUCCUCCUCUUCCCCUCCAUGGAGUCAGCACAUUCAGAUGCCAGGAGGUUGCCACUGAGGUUACUAGAGAUUGGCUCCAGUAAGGAGCAGGAGGGGGGAGCUAGAGGGGAGACGAUGAAGAUGGAACGGAGAGGCCUGAUCGGAUCAAGGCCACCAAGGUGUGAGAGGGUGUGCAUGUCUUGUGGCCACUGCGAGGCAGUGCAGGUGCCCAUAGUGCCACAGGAUCACAAGCAGAGAGCUGGUCGAGAACACCAUGAUGUGGCGAGUGACACCUACAGGGUCAAUGGUGGCAUCUCUGACUACAAACCUCUGAGCUGGAAGUGUAGGUGUGGAGGCAGGAUACAUGAUCCAUGAAGAAUUCAACAGUCUCAAGUUCUCAACUCAACAACCAGGAUCACUUCAAUUGUGUAAAUAUGUAUAAACAUGCCCUCAAUUUUUUUCUCCAUCUUUUUCUUUUUCUUCUCCUUUUCAAGUUUCCUCCAGACCAGAGGUUCGACAGGGAGAAUGAGCUGCCAAUUUCUUGUACAUUCAGGCAGCAGUUUUGUCAACAAAAUAUAAUCAGUGCGUGUAUCAUUUUGUGCACUGAAUGUACCAUGACCUGGCCUGACUUUAUGGUAGAGGCAAUUGUAUUAUUUAGUUUGCAUUUA